GCCUCACUAGCCGUUACAUCCGGGUUCAUGGCUUCGGUAUAAAGUGCAAACCGCUCCACUUUGGGCAACAUCCCACAGAGCAUCCUCCACUCUCCCACAAUCCUUCGCGCAGUCCGUUACUUUGUAUUUCACUGUGCUACAUAAGGUGGCUCGGCUUCCCGUGGGUUAAAAGCUCCGGUACUUGACAAAGACCAGCGGUGGCGACAACUAUCUGUGAAGCUUCGUAUUUAACAGGAAGUGCCGUUCAGCAGAGAGUCACAAGUGACGGCCAGCUCUGUGGAGAUAAUACGACGUGAGUUGGCAAAAGUGAGCCGGUACUGUCUCUUCGCUUUCAGCUCCUGUUGCAGGCAGACAUGGCUCACCUCUCAGCGCUUUUCAAGUAUGUGGACGAACACCAGGACCUUUAUGUCGAGCGCCUCUCUCAGUGGGUGGCAGUCCAGAGUGUGUCAGCCUGGCCUGAGAAGCGCGGGGAGAUCAAGAGGAUGAUGGAGAUGGCAGCCAAGGACAUCGAGAGGCUAGGAGGCACGGUGGAGAUGGUGGACAUCGGCAAGGAGAAGCUUCCUUCUGGAGAAGAGAUCCCCCUGCCGCCUAUCAUCCUGGGGCGAUUGGGGUCAGACCCGGGCAAGAAGACGGUGUGUAUCUACGGUCAUCUUGAUGUCCAGCCGGCCGACAUCGAUGACGGCUGGGACACAGAGCCCUUUACCCUGGUGGAGAAAGAUGGGAAGCUCUUUGGCAGAGGUUCGACUGAUGACAAGGGUCCAGUUUUGGCCUGGCUGAAUUGCAUUGAGGCCUACCAGAAGAUCCAACAGGAGCUUCCGAUCAACAUCAAGUUCUGCUUCGAGGGGAUGGAGGAGUCUGGAUCUGAGGGUCUGGAUGAGCUGGUCUUUUCUCGUAAAGACACCUUCUUAAAAGACGUAGACUAUGUCUGCAUUUCUGACAACUACUGGCUGGGCAAAACCAAACCAUGCAUCACUUACGGACUGAGAGGAAUCUGCUACUUCUUUAUCGAGCUGGAGUGCGGAGACAAGGAUCUCCACUCAGGAGUGUUUGGUGGCUCUGUCCAUGAAGCCAUGACCGACCUCAUCGCACUUAUGGGCACUUUGGUGGACAAGAGGGGGAAGAUCAUGAUUCCAGGGAUGUACGAUGAUGUGGCCCCUCUGACAGAAGAGGAGACAUGCCUCUACGAGAAGAUUGAUUUUGACAUGGAGGAGUACUGCAAAGAUGUUGGGGUUGGGAAGCUGCUGCACGCCACCAAGGAGCAAAUCCUUAUGCACCGCUGGAGGUACCCAUCUCUUUCUCUGCAUGGCAUUGAGGGGGCUUUCUCUGGUGGAGGGGCCAAGACUGUUAUCCCCCGCAAGGUCAUCGGCAAGUUCUCCAUCCGCCUCGUCCCUGACAUGGACCCCAAAGUUGUGGAGAAGCAGGUUGUCACUUAUCUGCAGAAGAAGUUUGACGAACUGGAGAGUCCCAACAAGAUGAAGGUGUACAUGGGCCACGGGGCCAAGGCCUGGGUCUCAGACUUCAACCACCCACACUACAUGGCUGGUCGAAAGGCCAUGAAGACAGUAUUUGGUGUUGAGCCUGACCUGACGCGGGAGGGCGGCAGCAUUCCUGUCACCCUGACCUUCCAGGAGGCCACGGGACGAAACGUCAUGCUGCUCCCUGUAGGAUCCUCUGACGAUGGAGCUCACUCUCAGAAUGAGAAACUCAACAGAACCAACUACAUUCAAGGUAUCAAGAUGCUGGGUGCGUACUUCCAUGAGGUUUCUCAGCUGGAGUGAACUGACUGUGAACACAACAUGAGAAAUGUGCUUUCCCUUCACCAUCAGAGCUGCACACACCUGGCAAAUUGAUUUACUUUUACACAGAUGACAGUUUUUAUACAGACUGGUCCUGAUAAUGAAACACUGUUUUCCUUUGUUAAUGUUUUCUUUUCUGUUUUCAAUAAAGGGUUUUGUAUUGUAUGCCACGAUACUGUAUGUAACUAAAGAAUUCCACACUGCUCUCUCCAGUCACCUGACAUGAUCAUGGACAUUUUUUUCUUUUUGUUCAGUAAUCUACACACAAUAAAACAUGUUGGUGGAUUUUUUGUUCAUUA